AUUUGAUGUAUUAUUAAAGAGUGGACCUCUCAAUCGUAUUAAACGUGUUUAACGCACGUAAGUCCAAAGACGUUAUACGUUUUUAAGGUGGAUUAAAAAUAUAAACGAUAUGAGGCUGUUGGUAACGUGUUUGUUGCUGUUGGGCAUUGCGUUAUCAUGCGAGGCUUACAAGUUCCUGGUGGUGAUCCCCAUGCCGGCUCGGAGUCAUGGAAACCUUGGACAAGGGGUUGUCAGACAUUUGCUCAAAGCUGGACAUGAGGUUACAUACAUAUCUGCGAUACCAUACAAGAAUCCUUCUCCAAAAUACCGAAAUAUUGAUGUCAGCGCCUCAGUACAAUUGCCUGAGGAAUUAAUAAAUAUCAAAUCAAUCAUGAACAAAGAAGCACCAGAAAUGGAUCCAACAAUGUUAGUAUUCAUGAUGUCAAUGAUCAUAAAGAUGUACGUCGAAAGUAAAGAAGUUCAGGCACUUUUCACUAACCCAAAAGAGCAAUUUGAUGCAGUGAUCACUGAAUGGAUGUUUAGCGAUAUUCCUUCUGGAUUAGCAGCAGUAUUUGACUGUCCAAUGAUUUACUUAUCGACUGUGGAGCCACACUGGAGGAUAUUGAAAAUAGUUGAUUUGGCUACAAACCCCGCGUACGAUGUCGACGCAACCUCCACAUACUCUCCACCAUUGAACUUUUACCAGCGCGUAAACGAAUUGUGGAUUAGAAUAAAAUCAACUUUCUUAGAAACAUUCGUAACAGAUGCCGUUGAAAAACAAACAUACGAUGACUUGUUCGUUCCGAUUAUACAGAAGAGAGGUAGGAAGGCUCCAUCUUUCGAAGAGGUCAGGAAUAACGUGUCCUUGGUGCUGGGCAACUCUCACUUAUCCAUGGGAUUCCCCUCGAGUCAGCCUCAGAUCUACAAGUCCAUUGGAGGGUAUCACAUUGAGGACACUGUUGAUCCUUUGCCUAAGGACCUUCAAAGCUUAUUAGACAAUGCAAAGCACGGCCUCAUAUACUUCAGCAUGGGAUCAAACCUUAAGAGUAAGGAUUUGCCGAGAGAAGUGAAACAGAACCUUCUCAAGAUGUUGGGGACUUUGAAGCAGACUGUUCUUUGGAAAUUUGAGGAACCACUUCCUAACCUGCCCCCUAAUGUACACAUCGUGCAAUGGGCACCACAGCGAAGCAUUCUUGCUCAUAAAAACUGUGUCCUAUUCGUUUCACACGGUGGACUUCUAUCAACUACUGAAGCCAUUCACUUUGGAGUCCCGGUUGUUGGUAUACCAGUGUUUGCUGAUCAAUUUACCAACGUAUUAAGAUCUGAAGCCAAGGGAUUCGCAAAAAAAGUUGACCUGUCUUACACGAUGGAUGGACCUUUGAAAGCCGCUAUUGAAGAAGUCAUUAGUAAUCCUAGGUAUGCUGAAAAGGCAAAGGAGUUGUCUUUCAUUUACCACGAUCGGCCAGUAAAGCCGGGUGAUGAGCUAGUUCACUGGGUGCAGCACGUAGUGCGCACGCGCGGCGCCCCGCACCUGCGCGCUCUCGCAUACCACGUACCGUUGUACCAGCGCCUGUAUCUAGACCUAGUUGCCCUCCUUAUACUCGCUUACAUCAUCAUGAAGAUUUUAGUUAAACGAGCAUACAGUGCUGUGUUUUCGAAAAAUAAAUCUGAUAAAAAGAAAACUAAAAUGGCGUCAGCAAUAAAUUUGUUGCUGUGCUUCUUCAUACUAUCCACAUGUGAUGCGUUGAAGAUCCUGGUCAUCUACCCACUACCUUCAAAGAGUCACAGCAUCCUUGGUGAGGGUGUUGUCAGACCACUUUUGAAAGCAGGACAUGAGGUAACGUACAUUACUGCGUUUAAGUAUAAGGACCCGCCAGCUAACCUACGUGAAAUCGAUGUCAGCGAAACUUUUAAUUUUUUACCAUCUGCCCAAAUUAAUUUGAAGAAAAUUCUUGCUAGUGAAGUACCGUUGACGAUGCCUGGCUUAAUGAUUCCCCUCAUGAGAAGUCUCCAAGCGAAAUCACUUGAAUAUGACCAUGUCCAAAAGUUUUUAGGUGAUCCAAAUGAACAUUUUGACGUGGUAGUUGCUGAGUGGAUGACCGUUUACUUCCUAAAUGGCUUGGGACCAUUAUUCAACGCUCCGUUCGUCUGGGCGACAUCUAUGGAUGUGCAUUCACAUGCCAUCAGUAUGAUCGACGCUGCCCCUAAUCCUGCUUACACCACUGAUCUAUCAACUACUAGAUUUUUCCCAUUUUCAUUCCUUGAUCGUGUGGGAGAACUUAUGCAUAGGAUCACAGAUUUCGCGGAAGACUACAUGUACCAUGAGCCUGCGGAAGAGGAAUUGUACAACAGACUCAUUGCGCCGCUGAUCGCUAAGAAAGGACGUAAACCUCCUCCAUUCUCUGAUGUGCGAUUCAAUGCAUCCCUCGUUCUGGGCAACUCACACAUUUCUCUCGGUUCGAUUUACACUCUGCCACAAAACUAUAUACCCAUUGGAGGUUACCAUAUUGAUGAAAAUAUUGAACCACUAUCAAAGGAGUUAAAAACACUUAUGGAAAGUAAUAAGAAUGGAGUUAUAUAUUUUAGUAUGGGAUCAAAUUUGAAAAGUAAAGAUUGGCCGGAGGAUAUCAAGACAGGUCUCCUGAAGAUGUUUGGGAACCUGAAGCAGACUGUAAUCUGGAAGUUUGAAGAAGAUCUCCCAAAUGUGCCCAAAAAUGUUCAUAUCUUGAAAUGGGUGCCACAAACUAGCAUUUUGUCCCAUCCCAACUGCGUAGCAUUCAUCACUCAUGGUGGUCUCCUAUCAACAACAGAAACCGUCUUCUCCGGCGUACCUAUUAUCGGUGUUCCAGUUUUCGGUGACCAGCUUGUUAAUAUUCAAAUGGCAGCUAACCGAGGCCUUGGCUUGGGAGUGAAGCUGUCUUACAAAGUAGUUGAAGACCUAAAGGUUGCCAUCGAAGAAAUGGUCAGCAACCCAAGGUACAAAGAAAAGGCGAAGCAACAAUCGUUGAUAUACCACGACCGUCCCAUGAAGCCCGCGGACGAGCUGGUGUACUGGGUGGAGCACGUGGUGCGCACGCGCGGCGCCCCGCACCUGCGCUCGCCGGCGCUGCUGGUGCCGCUCUACCAGCGACUCUAUCUAGAUCUGGCUGCACUUGUAGUACUUUCUCUGAUUGCGCUUUUGUGCCUUUUAAGGUAUUUAAGUAACGCAGUAAGCUCGAAAUGUAAAGUAAAUAGUGAUAAGAAAAGAAAUUAAAUUAACGAUUAGUACAUA